AGCCACACACAUUUCCUCUGUUUCUAAUUGCGUUAUGAGUAAAGAAAAUGUUUCUCUAGUUGUCGCCGAUAGCUGGGAUGAUGCAGAUGCGGAUCCAGUCAAGGAAUUAAUGGAUAAGGUUGAGAAGGUAAAACUUCUUCAGCGGAAGGAAGAAAAGAAGGAAGCAUUUUUUGAGAAAGUAAAAGCAGAAGAGAGUAGCGGUGUCGUUUCGAAACUCCAGACAGAAGAAGGUCUCGGACCAUCAGCUGAAGAGCCUAAACGAGUGUUCCUUCGGCGCCCUAAAGAUGGUUUUGCUGCAUCUGAAAAUGUCAUCGAAGCAUCGCCACCAACAUCUGCAGAUACAGAAGAACAGCCAGUGACAAACGUCCGAUCUCGCUCUCACCACAAAUUAAAUCAAAAGGAAAAACAACCUGCUCCUACUUAUGAGGAACGACAAGCUGCAUACCAAGCAGCUCGUAACAGAAUUUUGGGAACCGAGUACAAACCCGAUAAUCAGGAAAUCAAAGAAAUCAAGUUUAUUGAUCGCUCCAAAUCACCUGAAACUCUCAAAAUGACUCAACAAAACAUGGUAGAGCACUAUGGAGAGGAAUUGAGCCGCGAAUUAAUGGAGCAGCCAGCUGAAAUUGUCCCUCCUGAACGGCAAUAUACUCCAGAUUUUACGCUUCAGCAGCCACCACCAUCGGUAUCGGAGAGCGGCGGAGUUUACAAUGGACCGCCUGGGUUUCAACAGAAGCAACCAAAUUUCCAGCCAACGUUACAACAACAAUCGCUUCAUCAACAACAGUAUUUGGAUAAUCAGUAUAUGAUGCAGAUGAACGUACAAAUUCCGAUACAGUAUCAUAAUCAGACCCAACAUCAGUUUGUUCCGCAUGAAGCCUCAGCUAUUUCCACAACAUCACAAAACAGCAACGGUGAUGGUCAAAAUGAUCAAGCGAUAUAUUAUUAUCAGGCGCCUACCCAACAGCCAAUGAACUACAUUCCGUACAAUCUACCAAACAUGGCCUACCCACCUCCAAACUUCCAACCCCAAGGACAACUGCACCAUCAAAUGAAUGCAGGACAACUACACCAAAUUCAACAACAACAGCAACAAUGCCAACAGAUUCAACAUCAACCGCCUCAGCAACACCAACAGGUUAUAAAUGGCCAAGUGAUGAAUCAACAGAACCAAAGAAAUCAGGUGAAUAGUUAUCCACAGCAGAAUGGUGCUGGUCGUGGACAGAAUCGACAGCCGAUGAUGUAUCAGAUGCCAUGCAACAGUGGGCCGACAGCAAAGCCCCCGCCGUUGAUGAAUCAAAUGCAGAAUAGAUGUAUGACCAACAAUGGUCAAAACUAUCAGAAUAGGAAUAUGCAGCAGCAAGGUCAGCAGCGAUCAUAUUCGUCACAGCCUCAGAAUGGUCAGUUCUACCAAAACGGAAAUUCCAACCAGAACAAUCCGAAUAAUGGUAGAAAACAGCAGCAUCAGCCACAGCAGCAGCAGAACAAAUCAGGAAAAUUCGGACAGAAUAGAAAUGAUAUGCAAAAGAACAAUUAUCAACCAAAUCUACAGCAACCUCCGAUGAGUCAAAAUCCAAUUCCAUUUGGAUGCCCACCACGUAAUGUGAAUGCGAUUCGAGAACAACACGCAAACAAUGGAUCCCCAAACACUGGCGCUGGAAUUCUUGGACCACAUCCAAUGAUGUCUGCAUCCCAAUGGCCAGCGUUGCAGCAGAAUCGGCCUCAAUAGUUUGUUAUUCCAUUCUACGAACACUCUAUAGACAAUUCAUGCUUUAACCACGUCUUUUUGAUGUGCUGUGAUGGUCAUCUUUUCACAUUUAUCUCCCUUUUCUUGUUCCAUCAGUCCGAUUCGGAAUUGUGUUAAUCAACACGGGUCGUACUUCCUCUUUCUCCCCCCAUCUCCACAUAUUUAUAUCAUUAUUUUCUACAUUCAUUUUGGCAUGUUUCAAGUUAUUCAAUUUUCUAUUGUUAUAUGAGCCAAGUUUGAUGAAGAAAUUAUCUUGUU